UUAAUAAUCGAAAUAACUCAACGACAAGCGGACCUUAAAAUCCCGCCCGUGUUUCAACGCAAACCAAUAAGGAUCGCCGGAAGUGGAACCUUGUCAGCUGAUGACGAGCCGACGUUCGUAUUCCUAGACAAGAGUAAUCGAUCAUCACAUGCUGGCCGCGCAACAAAAAUGCCCUUAGCUAAAGAUUUGCUGAACCCGUCCGUUACCGAAGAGAAGCAACGGCACAAGAAGAAACGAUUGGUUCAGAGCCCCAAUUCCUACUUCAUGGAUGUCAAGUGCCCUGGGUGCUAUAAGAUCACCACUGUUUUCAGUCAUGCCCAGACAGUUGUGCUUUGUGUAGGCUGUUCUACGGUACUCUGCCAGCCCACUGGAGGCAAAGCCAGGCUCACUGAAGGUUGCUCAUUCAGGAGAAAGCAGCACUAGGACAAAGGUGGUCCUGUUGGAUCAUGUAAAAUGUCUUGUUGCAUCACCGAGCAAUUGCCUUAUUAUGUUAAUAUAUAUUACUGGUGGCGGGGCUAUCUAAAUGUAAACUAUGUACAGUAACUGAGGAAUACUUGAUUUUGUUCUGUGAUGAAAGCCUUAAAUAUCUAAUCAAUGGUUGGCUCAUUUAUUUCCUUAUAUUGCCAAUAAAACAGUUUGCAGAGU